GUUGUUAAUUUCAGCAUGGCGGCCGGACCGAUAGCCGAGCGCAAUCAAGAUGCCACAAUUUAUGUGGGUGGAUUAGAUGAAAAAGUUGCAGAAACCCUCUUGUGGGAACUGUUUCUUCAAGCUGGACCAGUUGUGAAUGUGCACAUGCCUAAAGAUCGCAUCACCCAGCUUCAUCAAGGGUAUGGGUUUAUUGAAUUCCUUGGCGAAGAGGAUGCUGAUUAUGCCAUCAAAGUGAUGAACAUGAUAAAAGUAUAUGGGAAGCCAAUUAGAGUGAACAAGGCAUCAGCGCACAAUAAGAACCUUGAUGUGGGUGCCAACAUUUUCAUUGGCAAUCUUGAUCCAGAGAUUGAUGAGAAACUGCUGUAUGACACAUUUAGUGCUUUUGGAGUUAUUCUUCAAACCCCAAAGAUCAUGCGGGAUCCUGAGACUGGUAACUCCAAAGGCUUUGCAUUCAUCAACUUUGCAAGUUUUGAAGCAUCUGAUGCUGCCAUGGAAGCUAUGCACGGGCAGUACUUGUGCAAUCGACCAAUUACAAUUUCCUAUGCCUUUAAGAAGGAAUCAAAGGGUGAGAGACAUGGGUCUGCAGCAGAGCGUCUAUUAGCAGCACAGAAUCCUCUUGCCCAAGCCGACAGACCUCAUCAGCUGUUUGCAGAUGCACCUCCAGUUCCUGCUGCUUCUGUAGCACCACCAGCAGUUACCUCAAUCAUGCCCCCUGCAGUCAUGGCUGUACCUCCACCUUCUGCCAUGCCCAAUAUGCCCAACAUGCCUCCUGGUGCACCACCAAUGCCACCUGUUCCACCAGGUAUGCCUCCUCCUGGUAUGCCUCCUCCUGGCAUGAUGCCACCUGGCUUCCCACCACCAGGAAUGUUCCCUCCACGAAUGCCUGGCAUGCCUAUGAUGCCUGGACCUCCAGACCAACUACCACCCCCACCCCCACCCGGUGCACUUGGUCCACCAGGCCAAAUGCCACCUCCACCCCCUCCAAUGGAGGGAGGUCAGUUUAUGCCACCUGUGCCGCCAAACAUGCCACCACCUCCUCAGCCUCUUCUUGGUCAAGGACCGUCAUCAGAUCAAGGAAAUCUUUUACCAAGGCCUCCUCAUUCACAGUUCCAACCUCCUGGCAACAGACCACACCCGCCAAAUGAUAUGGGACCAACAAGCGGAAUACCAAGUCUUCUUGGGCCUCCUCCCAUGCCUUUUGGGAUGCCUCCUCGAGGUCCUUUUCCGCCACCUCGCUUUGGGCCCCCUCCACCUCAUUAACAAAUAAUGUACCUUAAAAAAGCCUUCGUUAACUUCAGCUAAAAGUGUUAGAAGUAGGAGAUUCAUCAGCUACACAGCUUUUUGAGCGCAUG